GCUCAGCAACAACAUCGCACAGUACCAAACACCACAGUCGCGUUACUCAAUACCAUGUCUUCAGUCAGAUUGGUUUUUCGUGCUGCGAGGCCUUCAAUGGUCUUCGCGCGUCCAAUUUCAUACACCGCACGCCAAUUAGCUAGGCCAGGAAAUGCAAAGAUACAUGAAGGGACGGAAGAGCAUCGAAAGAUACAGAGCGAGAAGCCUCUGAAUCCUCAUAUGACGAACACGAAUUCCACUAUCACAAACAGCAUGCCAUCUGCAGGAACCCAUAAUAUACCACCAGAGCUAAUCUCUUCCAUUGACCCGAAAUUUGCGCCGAAGGACUCGAGUCCAGAGAAUACGGACCGCAUGACUGGAGGAACCCAGAAGGGCGAGGGAAACGGGGGGACAACGACAGCCGAGAUGUCAGUUGGAGAGAUGGAAGGGGCGUCUUUCAAAGUUGAGCCUUUGCGUCGAACGGGCGAGGACGCAAAUACAAUGAGAGCCAGAUUAUUAUGUUCGCAGCUUUCCAGCCUGUAGCUUCGGAUUCGUUUGCUAACUAUUCUACUUUUAGAUCAAAGUCGUAAGAGAGGCAUACUAGAAAGUGAUCUUCUAAUGUCUACUUUCGCCGAGGCACAUUUACGGGACAUGACAAUGGAACAAAUGGCUCAAUACGACCUCUUCCUAGACGAGAAUGAUUGGGACAUAUACUAUUGGGCAACCCAACAGCCAUCACCAACAUCACAAGAAACCGCCGAGGGAGCAGGCAAAGGACCAGAAGGAGCUACGGCAAAUGUACAGGGUAUCGAAAAAACCACAGAUGCGUGGCGACAAGGUAAGCCGAGAAGUGGAGAGUGGGCACAAACUGUUGGCACUUUCAAGCCCGCAUAUCGUCCCGUACCAGUAAGAUGGAGGGAUAGCGAGAUUUUGGCAAUGCUUAGGCGGCAUGUCAUUUCGAGGUCUGCCGGGGGUGUUCUCGAGGAGGGUGUUGUGAAUGAAGGGCCCAAACAAAGCGAAGGCGGUAAGUUUUUUUCUAUUGUGCAAUUCUUUUCCUCACUAACGAACUUUUCAAAGGUAAAGGCAUGGCUUUCAUGCCUCCCGUCUUUGAGACUGGCCGUUGAAAGGCUUCAAAGGUUGUAAUAAUAUCUCAGUUUUUUAUCGUUCGCUGCACCAAAAAGAUGCUGUAAGAACAAAACAUUGUAAUUA